UGGUCGCACAGGCAUGGCCGCUUAUCGCUGCGCGGCCGGCUUAUUCUGCAGCCCAGAAUGCUUGGGCCUCUUCGUCUUUGGCAGGAAUGGCGGCACCUUCAUGGACUUCCACUGUUUCAGCCUACACUUGCUCACAUCCAUUUGUAACCGCUGCCGUCUGAUGACUAAGACAAUGAGCUGUAGCGCUUUUCAUGGUGCAGCUCUCUAGAUGAGGCGCUCAGCAUGACAUAUACUUCAUCACCAUCGCCUACUCAUCAUUUGCAAUCAAGCUUCAAACAAACGUGCAUAGGGACAAAUGCAUGGGGGCAGGAGCAUAGCUCCCACUGAUGGUCCGGUCAUUGGGCGUGUAAAUUCUUUCAAGUCAGGGCGCAGCAGAGUGGUGCGCAGGCAGGACAAAGAUGCGUGGUCUCCCCCGAGCCUCAUAUUUGCAGCAAGUAAACCUGCUGUUAACCAGGCCCAGUCAGGUACUGAAGCAGCGCUGAGUUAGUGCUAGGUUAGUAGCAGGCAAAUAUGAUGAAAGCCGGGGUACACACAAUCCUCCACCAUAUCAACCAGCUAAACAACCAUAGAGACCACCUGCAACGCAAUGUUUUCAAAAAUGGCGUCGCACCUAGUUCCUAGGCUCAGCCUCCUAGUGGUAGCUUUCGCAAUCUGUCCUAGCUAUGCUCGGAUCAUCUGCCAAGCCCCAUGUGCUGAUGCGAGCAACUCGAGCUUUGCACGCGCUCCGGUCAGCGGGACGGCGCUCGAUGAGUAUGUCGCCAAAGUGGAUGUGGCUUACGGAUGGCACGAGACUGGCCGAGUCAUGCACGGCGUGCUGCCGUUCUCGACAUGGACGGGACACAUGCUCAAUAUGACGAGCCAGCGGUGCCUCACGGAAAAGGAUACGAGCUGCAGCGUAUGGACGCAUACGCUGGUGGUCAUCGUCCCUGGCAACCUCCAGUUCACUCGCACGGCGCUCCUCCUGGUCAGCGAGGGGAGCAAUACGAGCCCCCCACCGACGGCGUUCGACUCUUUCAUCCUGAUGGCGGCUGCGCUAGCGGUCAAAACGCACAGCGUGACGGCGGUUCUGUACCAGGUCCCCAAUCAGCCGUGCACUUUCGCGGACGAUCCCGACGGGCGGCCGCGGUCGGAGGACGCGCUCAUUGCUUUUACCUGGCGCCACUUCCUGGACCACCCCGACGAGGUGGAGUGGCCCGCUCGCUUCCCCAUGGUGAAGGCGGCCGUGCGUGCCAUGGACACGGUGCAGGCCUACGCUCGUCAGCUCUUGGGCAACCAGAUCGAAAACUUUGCCGUCGUUGGCGCCAGCAAGCGCGGCUGGGUGGCGUGGCUCACGGCUGCCGUUGACAAGCGCGUGACGUGCGCGGUGCCCAUCGUGAUGGACCUGCUGAACGCGCAGGCAAACCUCGCGCACUUUUACCGCUCCCUGGGGGGCUGGCCCUUCACCUUCCGCGACUACUACGACCUCAACAUCACGCGCGAUCUGACCACCCCCGGCAUGGAUCGCCUGUGGGCCUUGAUAGACGGGUACCAGUACCGCGACCGGCUGAUGAUGCCCAAGCUGCUGGUGACCACUUCGCAGGACGAGUUCUUCAUGAUCGACGACGGCCGCUUCUUUUGGGACGCUCUUCCCGGCGAGAAGCACGCUUUAAUUUUGGCCAACACGGAGCAUACUCUCAUCACGAGCAUCGCCAAGCUCGUGAAGGCCAUCGCUGCAUUUCACCUCAGCGUCAUGGACAGCCAGCGGGCCCAUGAUCUGGCGGGGGGGUCAGAAAGGGUCGCGGACCAGGGGGGUGGACGAAGCAUUUCGAAUCAGGGGGGUGCGCAUAGCGUUCCGAACCAGGGGGGUGCGGACAGUGCUUUGAGUGAGGGGGUUGCUGCGAAAAUGGGGGGGGCAGAAAGUGCGUCGAGUCAGGGGGCGGCAGAGAGUGCUUCAAAACGGGGGGAUGCGGCCGGCAGCGCGGGCGGGGUCGGGACCGACAAAAUUGGGGGGAGGGUGACCAACCGGGGGAAAUUAGAAGCGGGAUCACUAGUAAUAGGGCUUGCCGCUCAGCGGAGGGGGCGGGACGGACAGGGGUCCCCGUCAGGGAACGCUUCGGAAGUAAGGGGGCCAAUUAGCGGAGAAGAAGAGGGGGGGGAUGAGGUAUCCCGGCGUGAUAUCUAUCGGAUGUGCGGAACCCCCCGGGGCUUGCAGACGGUGUACCGGGCACUGCUCGACGAGAGCCGGCCGUGGCGGUUCCGAUGGCUGGAGGGAAUCCUGGACGCUUUCGGGGGGGAGGAUGUCGCGCGUUGGAAAAGUGGGGGAGAGGACGGGGAGGUUAACCGGGGGGCUAAACGGGCACAGGUCCAGGGGGGAAAAGGCGGAGCCUCGGCCGGGGUAGAAAGUGAGGACUUUCUUAGCUUUCCAAGCAAGGCUGCGCAAGGGGGGGGCAUUGACGACGGGGGAAGGAAAGAGGUGGCACGUUUUCCGGGGGUCGGAGCCGGGGCUGACGCCGGGGGGGGAAACGGAUUGUUUCUUGCGCUGCCUAGCGAGAACACGCGAGAUGUAGAGCUGAGUCAGGAAGAGAAAGACUGGGAGAGGGAGUGCGCAAAGCAGGUGCAGGCGCGCGAGGGGGGGUUGCUGCAGCUUGCGGAGCCCUAUGCGGCGACCCCCCUGGGAGGUGGACCGGGACGCGCAAGGCCCAAGUACCGGUACGAGCUGCACCGGGAGGAGGGGCGGAUCGAGAUUUUCUGUACGGACGUGCCUCAGAAAAUCAUCCAGUGGUCAGCGUACACCCCGCCUGGAAACGAUAGGCGCGACUUUCGGUUCGUCACUCGGGAUUACGGGAACUGCUCAACUUUUCGCAUCGCGGGCGGCUGCGUCCAGCCCUUCUGCUUCACCCCCCGGGCGCUCAAGCCCCGGGGGCCCAACCUGGGCGACGGCGUGCGCUACGAGGCCCGGUUGGCUCCCCCCGGGCGCGGGUACGGGGCGUUCUUCGUGGAGAUGCGCUGGCGGGGCCUCUGGGACCGGCCGCUGUACGUCUUCUCCACGCCGGCGCUGGUCGUGCCGGACACGUACCCCUUCGAAGAUUGUCGCUUCGCUCAAGGAGGCUGCACCGGGCGUCUGCUCUAGGGGAGCCGCCAAAAGCUGCAGGGCAUGCGCGCAUGACAACUGUACAUUUUGUAAUAUGUUCGUCGUGAUAUUGUUGAACAGGACGCCGCAGCAAGUCGGGAGCUUCUUGCAGCUUAGAGAUCUUGUGUGCAAGGUAGUCUCCUGUAUAGUUGAGCAAAAUAAUGAUUGGACGAUGUUACGCUUUUCUGCACCUAAUUUUGCGACUUGAAGUGCAGGUUGGAUCAUUGCCGCCAAUGGAAGCUUUGCCACCCUAGGUUGUAAUGCACUUCUCAAUCUGUACGCAUACGAGCCAGCUAGACAAGUGUCCGCAGCGAGAUAUGGACAGCUACGGUGUAGGGAGCUACGAAAGUUGAAUUGUCGAAUUACUAGCUGGCCUAUGGUCAUGGUCGUGGGUGGCGGCCCCGCACGCUCAUUACUAUCGUGAACAUGCGACAUUAAGAAAUCCCUUUUGGCACGUACAUCAAACCGAAUUAAAUGCAG